AGAGGGACAAGUGGAUUCCCAGUCCCCACAGCCGGGCUAGUCACCAGCGCCUCCACCCCACCCCGCACCCUCCUCAGGCGCACCAACCGCAGCACUCCCACCCCGACUCCCAUUUUCGAGAGCCCCGGAGCCUGGAGACAGCGAGACAAGGACCGACGACUUCAGGAGCAGGGAGGGCAGCAGCACCCGCCUGGCCCUCUGCUUCCUGCUUCGGGGCUGAGGACACUUUCGCUUUUCUUUCUUCGGCAGCCCGCCCCAGCAGGAACAGGCGGACUUUCCGUUUCCUCUCUGGCAUUUCCCUGUGUUAGAGGAGGAUCCCGCGUCCAGUCCCAGGAACCGGGAAAGGCUAGGAGCCCUUGGCAAACCCAGCCCUCAGGAUGUUCACUUUGAGCAGAGCCUUGGAAAAGGCUCUUCUUCAGCACUUCAUACUCUACAAGCUGGAGAUCGCCUAUGCCAUAAACAAGCCAUUUCCCUUCUUUGAAUCUCUCCGAGACAAGUCCUUCAUCACCGAGGGGAUGUACAGGGAGUCUCUGGAAGCCUGUAGAAAUCUUGUCCCUAUAUCCAGAGUGGUGUACAACAUUCUCACCAAACUGGAGAAGACUUUUAACCUGUCACUUCUGAUGACACUGUUCGGCCAGAUUAACCUGUGUGAAUACCCCAACCUGAGGAUGAUUCUCAAAAGCUUCAUAAAUGUCAGCACCUCCUACAGAGAGCAGAGCAAAACUGCACCUACCCCACUCAGAGCUCCCGCUGGCCCAGCAGAAGGGAGCACCCUCCAGACCCUGCUGCAGCUGCCUCCACCCCAGCCACCUCCACUGAGACAUCCGUGCCCCACAGUCAGUGAGGCCAGUGCAUCCUUGCAGCAGAUCGAUGACAGCCUGGACAAAUCACCCAGCCCUUCUGGCCCUGCUGCGCCACUGCCUGGACUCAUCCUGGGAGGAGGCACUCAAGUGGCCAGUGAGAAUUUAACAUCUAAAAAAAAGGAAGAAGAUCCACGAGAGAUGCCCAACCUUCCUGCUGGCACCCUGCAAGUGACACAAGAUGCUUCUGCAGAGGCCAGUGACCCAGAGGAACCCCAGGAAACAUGCAGAACAUCUCCAAAAAAGAAAGGACAGAAAAGGAAAAGAUGUAUCUGGUCAAGUUCAAGAAAGAGAUACAAGAAAAAAAGUCUCCCAAGAGGGGCAGCCUUGUCCAGUCAUGGAGUCCAGGAGAAGGUCCAAAUGGUGGAUCAAAGGAAAGACGAUCCAGCUGGGAACUCCAGGGUGGUGAAAAGGACCCAAAGGACAAGGACAAAAUGUGCCUGGAUGUCCAGCUCUGAGGAGAAACCCAAAGAGGACACUGUGGAUUUCCUUUCUCCCACACUUCCUGUGAUCUGCGGUGAGGCGAAGGGGAUUUUAUAUAAGGAGAAAUUGGAACGAGGGGAAUGGAAUUUUGAUCUGUCCCCCAGGAAGAAAUCUCAAAAGGAGGGAAUACAGCAGCUGAAUUCCCACCGCCUUCUCCGUCGCUGUCUUCCAGCCCAGGGGUCACAGCAUCUUCAUCUGGACUACUUUAGCACCCUACCACACGCAUGCGCUGCCACUGUUUUCAGGGUGAAGCAAACGGCUCUCUGAGAUGAAAGUUGGGACAGAAGCUCACACUGUCCCUGCGUUCUUCAAAAAGAUCUAGAUAUUGAGAUGACUGCCAACCAAGGGUGUCAAAUGGAAAGCUUUGUCGAAAAGCAGAUGUGACACUGAAUGGGACAGGAAGAGUUUGUGGCAGAGUGAGAGGAUCAUCCUCAACUGAACACUGAGUAUUUCCAAUGCUCUGUGUUUAUUUCCAGUAGCAUCGGGAGGGAAGAGAGGCUGAUCUGAGUUCUCUGUGUCUCAGGGAGGCCUCCAGGGAAAGUGGCAGGCCUCUGUUAUCUGCACUGACUUCCCCACUCAGCUUCUUUUCUUGCUCACACAUGUUCUCCAGCCUCAGUCCCCUCUGGAGGUGAAACUGGCCUGGCCCUUGGCCUUGUUCAUGCCAGGUGUGAAGCAGUGGACCCCUCCUACCAUUUAAGAAAUAAGCCAUCUUUCCCACACUGAUUUGAGGUAUCUUGGGCAUCAGGACAGCUCCUUGAGACAUCAUAAUAGCCAAAUACUAUGGAAGAACAGAAAUUCCAUCGACAUUAUAAAAUAAAACAUCCGUGGAAUGAGCAGGAUGAGUUUUAAAGUGUCUAUUCAUAGGUACAUAUUCAACCUCUGUUGAAAUAUACUCUCCACUGUGAGUGGAAACUUAAUCUAGCUAUGGUAUUUGAAGGUGGGGCCUUCAGGAGCUAAUUAAUGUUGAAUGGGUUCAGAAAGGUGGGGUCCUCACCCCCGGGAUCUGCAGCUUUAUUAAAAGAAAGGAUGAGAGCCCUGAACAAGAGGAUGAGAACCCUGUCUAUUGCUGUGUGAUGUCUGCUCAGGACUCACUUGAGAGGCGAGGCCAAGCAAUCUUGACUUUUAAGCUUUUGAAACUACAGCUGAAUCAACCUUAAAAGAUGACUCAGUCUGUGGUAUACAGUUGUAGCAACAGAAAAUCAACUAAAACAGGCAGUUACCCGUCAGCCAAGGGGAAACCACCCAAAGGCUUCUAGGUCAGGAGACCAUCCGGGAGCUUACGGUACGAACAAUGUGUGUGAGUAGAACCCAGCUUGGUUUAUGCUGAAACAAUCAACUGUGCUCCUUCCGGAUGGGAUUACAGGGACAUUUGCCUUCUGUAUUAUAUGCUUGUGUACAGUUGGAAUUUUUAUAAUGACUACUACUUGUGUGACCUGAAAAAAAAAUAAAGAUCUUUAAAAUCCAGAACAUUAAUUAACAGCCAUGAUAUUAGAGACCCUCUGAGUCUUGUAAUGAAUGCCACGUGCCAGCGUACACCGCAGCCCACUGGA